CAGAGUGACAGAUGGAACUGUACGUAUAUAAUCGAAGAAAACACGCACAAACACAUACACAGAUCUAUGGGAGCUCCGAGAAAGCCGACGUUGCUAAUUCUUCUGAUAUUUUCUCACGUUUUUAUAUGUAAAAUUUUGUCAGAAGGCGUCACUAAAGAUGAAGCCAAGCAGCUCAGAGAUGAGGUAAGUGAAAUGUUCUAUCAUGCUUUUGAGGGAUACAUGAAGCAUGCUUUUCCACACGAUGAAUUGAAGCCCUUAUCCUGCAUAGGAGAAGAUACGCUAGGAGGGUAUGCAUUAACAUUGAUCGAUUCAUUGGACACCCUGGCCUUGCUUGGUGAUCAAGAGCACUUCUCUUCAUCUGUUGAAUGGAUUGGUAAAAAUCUUCGAUUUGAUAUUAAUAAGACAGUAUCUGUCUUUGAAACUACGAUAAGAAUCCUUGGAGGUUUGCUUUCUGCUCAUCUCAUGGCCAGUGAUUAUAACACGGGCAUGAGAAUACCCUCGUAUGAUGAUGAAUUACUUCGUCUGGCAGAGGAUUUAGCUCGUAGAAUGUUACCAGCAUUUGAUACUCCGACAGGAAUUCCAUUUGGGUCAGUUAAUCUAUUACAUGGUGUCGAUGAAAAUGAAAGCAAGAUAACAUCAACUGCUGGUGGUGGGACCCUAACAUUGGAAUUUGGAGUGCUUAGCCGCUUGACAAAUGAUCCAGUUUUUGAGCAAGUCACAAAGAAUGCAGUUCAAGGAUUAUGGGCCCGACGCUCAAAGAUCAACCUACUUGGUGCUCAUAUAGAUGUUUUUUCUGGUGAAUGGACUCAAAAGGAUGCGGGAAUAGGAACAAGUAUAGACUCUUUCUAUGAGUAUCUACUGAAGGCUUAUUUAUUAUUUGGCGAUGAAGAGUAUCUGUUUAUGUUUCAAGAAGCUUACAGGGCUGCAAUGCACUAUCUUUAUAAUGAUCCUUGGUAUGUUGAGGUAAACAUGAACUCUGCUGCCCUUGUUUGGCCAUUAUUCAAUAGCCUUCAGGCAUUCUGGCCUGGCCUCCAGGUUCUAGCUGGGGAUAUUGAUCCUGCAAUUAGAACACAUACUGCCUUUUUUAGUGUGUGGAAACGGUAUGGUUUCACUCCAGAGGGUUUCAAUCUAGCUACUCUCAGUGUGCAGCAAGGCCAGAAAAGCUAUCCACUGCGUCCAGAAUUGAUAGAGAGCACAUAUUGGCUGUACAAAGCUACCCGCAAUCCCAGAUAUCUAGAUGCCGGACGGGAUAUGCUAGCUAGCUUGCAGUAUGGGGCUCGAUGUACCUGUGGGUACUGCCAUAUAUCGGAUGUAGAGUUUCACCAGCAGGAAGAUCACAUGGAAAGCUUUUUCUUGGCGGAGACUGUUAAAUAUUUGUGGCUACUGUUUGAUUUAGCUGCUGGACCAGAUAACCUUGUUGAGAAUGGUCCAUACAAGUAUAUCUUCAGUACAGAAGGCCACUUACUGCCUGCUACACCACAAAUAUCUUUAGUACGGGAGCAUUGUUCAUAUUUUGGAGCAUACUGCAGAAGCAGUAAUCUGAGACCAGAAACAUUUGUGUCAGACAUUUCUAAGGACGCCAGGGAAACUAAUCAAAGUCAAUCAUACACGGAGCCUGAUGCUUCCAACUUUUUAUCACACUCUAGAUUGAAAAAGUCACCUAUCUCAGGAGUGAUUAAGGGGUUCUGUCCAGGACUAACUCAUGAGCAACGGUUUGGCAUAUCAUAUGUGGCUUCGGAGGAAGACAUUGAGGAUGAGUCAUCAACCCCAAGGAAGACUGAGGUGGUUAACAGUCAUCCAGUGAUGGUGGUUUUAAACCCCAGUUCUACUCGUGAACCAUCUGAUGCCCACAAGGAUCUUGAUAAUCGUCAGGAACCCGAAUCGGAGAGCCAGAGUGUUCCUGAACCUGAGAUUGAGGAAAGUGUGAGUGGCAAAUGAAAUGCUUCAAGGAUGAGAUUAUUGGAGGGAAAUUCAUAUUCAUGAGAUCUAUCCAUUAUUGCAAAAAGUAAGAUAGUUGAAUGAAUAGACUGCAGAUAGAACAUUUUGGGGGUUCUGUAGGUGGAGCAAUAGUUUUUAGUGAUUGGAAUUACCGAUUUUUUGACAACUGCAGACGUCAAGCCAAACGGUGAGAAAGAAAAAUUGCCUAUCUCAGGUGGACACCAUACUGAACUUUCAGAACUCGAAUUAUGAAUGUGAUAUAUACUGAAGAUGUUACAGCUAUUAUUUAGGACUUGAAAUUCACCGAGAUAAUCUCAUCUACAUAUUUUGGUUCUGGACUGUAGAACAUAUACAGUUUCUCUACCGGAGCUCAAUGACAGGACAUUUUGCCUCAUUUGUCCACUAAAUUAGUCUGAAAAGUUUCUGUUCUUUUGUAGGAAGGUCGAAGUUAUGAAGAGCCUUGUGAUUGUUACUGUGGUGAAAUUUCUAAUGAUUAUUUUUCUUCAAUGCUGUAAAUGGAUUUUUGGCCAGUGGGCGUUAUGAACACACUGGGUAAAAUUCCCUUUAACAAUUGACUUUGUUGACCUUGAAAUUGUGACAAUAAAUUCUUUUCAUCUAAUCAGAAUUUUCUCCUCCUAAACUCACUGAUUCCAUGCUCAAGCAGGAGUAAGAGAAAUGACUAUUGGAUAGGAGAUUAUUUA